AUGAGCUUUCCAGGCCAACAAAUAGAGCACGAUCAUGCUUUCUACACAGUCACUACUACAACGCAGGAUGAAGAAAAGCUGUCGUCGCUGAUUCGAAUGAAGUCCAGGACCCGGAGCGACAAUCUGACAUGUGUCGCGGUGAAUCCAGCAGGUCAAGUCUCUCGAUCAGUCUCCGUGCAAAUUCUUGGACCAGGUAGCCCUCCAUCUACCGUCACACUACAGAGUGAACGAGGUGGCUAUACUGUAUCUUGGCUUCCACCAUCACAUCCAAAUGGAAACAUCACGAAGUACGUAGUGUACCACACAUUCAACAAAGACGAUCCGUUGUCAGAUUGGCAGAAGCUGGUGCUCGACGGCACGGAGAAUAGCGUCAGGGUCUUGUCAAAAACCGAAGAUGCAUUUUAUGUGCGAGUUCAAGCUGCGGCUGACAGUGGGCCAGGAGUGAUCUCUGAUAUCGUAGCUAUAGAGAAAGAUAGUGAGUACCUUGAUACUAGAGAACCUGUUGAGGGUUGCGGGGAGUCUUCUCUCAAUAUUCAGAUUCUCAAAAUCAAUGUUCGCUGUGUUGCCCGAGGUAAGCCACGGCCACAGCUGUUCUACGUUUUGACUGAAGUUGGAGAUGAUCCUGAGGCAGAGUCCCUACGACUGCUCCUGAGCGAUGAUGUUCGAUCGAAGAUGAAGGAAUACUGGCGAGAAUUCGAACGUUCUGCCGCGAGACGAUUCGAUGCCAGUGACAAGGUUCGUGCCAUAAAUGAAGCUGGAGCUGGUCCGCUUUCCGAGGCAAUUCACUUCACCACACCAAAUGGAGGUGAUUUAACGGAAGGUUCCAUUUUAAGUUCGUAG